AUGGGACCGAGCAGUCUGGAUACGGUCAUUCCGAUUGGGGGCAGUUUGUCCGAGUCUAUGGCAGAAUCUCAAUGCGUUCCCCUGCCCGCCGUAAAGAAAAACAUCUACCACGGCAGCCGCGAAUAUUUUGCCUCACAUCGACCCGUGGCGUUGCGAACGUCGACGCCCACCCCAUCGCUAAAAUCGAUCUGCUCGUUGGAUGGGGAAGUGUUUUUCGACCAGCUGGCCAAGCCCGAAUUACAUAUUGGACCUACCGUACCACCUGUGGCAACGGUGGAUGAUGAGGGAAAAGAGACGGACGCCCUGCUCGAAACCUAUGGAGCUGCUGUUGGAAGGCGAAAUCGAAGAUUCCGAACACUAUGCGUGGUGCCGCCACCGUCAUAUCGCGAACAGCUUGCGUUUGGCGACUCGCGGCUUGCGAUGCCGACAAAAACGACGUUGGGCCGCCCGGAGCCAAUCGACAUCGUGCCCGGACCCACCGAACGACCACCGGCGGUCCCCUCAUUGGGCGAUAGGAUUCUGUUGAACGUCAAGUCGGGCAUUAUCGACAACCGGCAGAAUAAGAUCAGGACCCGGCGAAAGAUGGGAGAAGGGGUCUUCGGCAGGCUGUGCCUACGAAAGAUGAAAAAGCAAAGUGAGCUGCCCGCCAAUUUGCGACAGCAAAUCGCCAAUACAUCCGAUGAACGCCCGUUCUUCACCUACUGGAUCACGACGGUGCAGGUGAUCAUCUGCCUGCUGUCCGUCCUCUUCUACGGGUUCGGCCCCGUCGGGUUUUCGAGGGUCGAGAGAAAAGAGCUAGUAAUGCACACGUCGGUGACGCUGAAGAUGGUGUCGAUGUACGAGCCGGCGAAUUUUUGGCUGGGCCCCAGUCAUGCAAAUUUGAUACGGCUGGGCGCCAAAUAUUCGCCGUGUAUGCGGUUGGAGCCGAGCAUUUGGAAGCUGAUCGAGAAGGACAGACGAGACGAAAACCAGACGGGCUGCUGCAUCUACGAUGAUGGGAGUGGGUGCUUCCAGACGACCGAGGAGAAUUGCCCGAGCUACGGUGCCCGAUUCCACUCAUGGUCGACUCGGCCACCCCGGCGUCGUCCCAGCAAACCGCAAGUGCUGCCCCUUUUUGAUGCGACGUAUACGGGCGAAAAGGCGGUGGUGGAGGCGUUGUUCUCGGGUAACAGCAAGUAUACGGUGGGCCCGGUGUGCGGUCAGGAUCCCGGGAUGUGCAAAACGCCGCCCUCCUCUCCGCCAACCGAGUGGAAAAACGACCUGUCGCAAUGGCCGAUUUGCGAAUCCGUCUACAAAGUGAGCGCGUAUCCUGACCACAUGAAGUGCAAGCUGACCGGGCGGCCGUGUUGUCUCAUGCAAUUGGGCCAAUGCCGCAUCGCUACGCGAGAGUACUGCGCCUUCGUCCAGGGCACCUACCACGAGAACGCGACGUUGUGCUCACAGGUCCACUGUAUGGAGGAUGUCUGCGGAAUGGUGCCAUUUCUCAUCAAAGAUCGUCCCGAUCAGGCUUCGCGCCUCUUCAUCUCGCUCUUUCUGCAUGCGGGGCUUAUCCACUGCGCGUUGACGGUGGGCCUUCAGCUGUGGCUGCUCAGGGACUUGGAGCAGUUGAUCGGAUGGAGACGGAUGGCUAUCCUGUAUUUUGGAUCGGGAGUUGGUGGAAAUAUGGCCUCAUCGAUAUUUGUCCCGUUUUUGCCCCAAGUCGGCCCGACGGCAUCGCUGAUUGGUAUCCAGGGCUCGCUGCUCGUCGAGGUCUACAAUUUUGGCGACCUAAUCGACACACCUUGGAAAGCGUACAUCGAGCACCUGUUCGUGAUCUUGGUCCUGUUGAUGAUCGGUCUAUUUCCGUGGGUCGACAAUUGGACCCAUCUUUUCGGCUUCAUCUUUGGGUUGCUCAUCUCCGUCGUGAUCUUCCCCUACAUUAACUUGAUGGACAUGAAGAAAGAUCCGGAGGGAUAUGAGAAGGAACAGCGGCGACGAAAACUGAUCAUCGCCGGGGCGCUGCUCAUCCUCAUCCCGCUCACCGCUACGUUAACGUACAUCUUCUUCUGGAACAUCCCGAUCGAAUGCAAAUGGUGCGCCCAGUUUAACUGCCUGCCAUUUUUGAACAUUCUCAUCGGCGACCAGCACUUUUGCGACAAUCAGGGGCUCGAGCUCGAGAAUAUACUGCCAAUU